AUGGAUGAGCAAAUUCAAGCCAUGAAUAUUGAAGAAAGGAGAAUGGUAGCAGAGCCUACCGAAGCAUUAGAAGACAUUUCCCUGGACGAAGAGAACCCUGAGAAGUGUACCAGGGUUGGAGCAGAUCUAGAAGAGAAGAUUAAGGAAGACCUCGUCCACUUUUUGAAGAAAAAUAUUGAUCCAGUGCGGCAAAAGAAGAGGCUGUUUGCCCCUGAGAGAAAUGAUGCUAUCAAAGACGAAGUUCAAAAACUGAUGGGGGUGAGCUUUAUCCGAGAAGUGUACUACCCAGAUUGGUUGGCAAAUGUUGUAAUGGUCAAGAAGGCAAAUGGUAAGUGGAGAAUGUGCGUAGAUUUUACCGACUUGAACAAGGUUUGCCCGAAAGAUAGUUAUCCGCUGCCACGCAUUGAUCAAUUGGUGGAUUCAACUGCGGGCCACAAGUUGCUUAGUUUUAUGGACGCUUUUUCAGGAUACAAUCAAAUAAGGAAGGAUGAGGUGGAUCAGGAGAAAACAUCCUUUGUCACUAGUCAAGGCUUAUUCUGUUAUAAGGUGAUGCCGUUCGGCUUAAAGAAUGCAGGGGCCACAUAUCAGAGAUUAGUCAAUCACAUGUUUCGACAGCAGAUUGGGCGGAAUGUGGAAGUCUAUGUAGACGACAUGUUGGUAAAGAGUCAGGACGAAGGAAGGCAUCUGGACGACCUGCAGGAGACAUUUGACACGCUGAGACAGUAUCACAUGAAGCUGAAUCCUAGUAAGUGUGCUUUCGGAGUAUCAUCAGGGAAAUUCCUUGGCUUUAUGGUCUCUCACAGGGGAAUUGAAACGAAUCCUGAUAAAAUUCAAGCAAUACUGGACAUGAAGCCUUCGCAAAAUACAAAGGAGAUCCAAUCUCUUACUGGACGAGUCGCUGCACUCAACAGGUUUUUCUCUAAAGCCACUGACAAAUCACUGAUAAGAGAAGAAGGUAAAGUGCAGAGACCCGUGUACUAUAUGAGUAAGGCAUUGAGGGGAGCGGAAGGACGAUAUCCACAGAUGAAGAAGUUAGCCUUCGCAUUGAUCACCGCUUCCAGGAAGCUAAGGCACUAUUUCCAGGCCCAUGUCAUUAAUGUCAUGACGGAUCAUCCACUCAAGAAGGCGAUGAACAGACUGGAAGCGGCUGGACGAUUGAUUCAGUGGGUCGUCGAGCUCAGCAAAUUUGAUAUCAGAUAUCAACCAAGGCAUGCCAUAAAAGCUCAAGCAUUAGCAGAUUUCAUUAUGGAAUUUACCCCAGGUCAUGAUGAAACAGAAGGCAAUGACAGAUGGGUCGUCCAUGUGGAUGGAUCAUCCACAAAGUAUGCAGGUGGAAUCGGUGUGGUUUUACAAUCCCCAGAAGGUGACAAAUUGAGGCACAAGGUUCGUCUACAGUACCAAGCAACUAACAAUGAAGUCGAGUAUGAAGCCCUUCUCAAAGGGCUAGAAUUGGCUAAGUCUGUGGAAGCCAAGUCUAUACUCGUCCUGGGAGAUUCUCAGUUGGUCAUGGGGCAAGUAAAUGGAAUGUACGAAGUAAAGGAGGAACGGAUGAGGAAAUACCUUGGUAGGGUGAUACGCCUAAUGAAAAGAUUUGAAAAAGCUGAAUUCGUUCAAAUCCCAAGGGAGGAAAACGUGGAAGCUGAUACUAUAGCGAAAGAAGCAUCAGCAAAUGAAUUGAUGGACGAAUCUGACGAAAUUCAGUACAUGCCAAGCAUAGAUAUUCCAGAAGUACAACAGGUGGAAAAUAGAGGAAACUGGAUGACCCCGAUUAUAUCAUACCUGAAAGACGAACAGCUACCAGAAGAGAAAGACGAAGCAAGGAAGCUGAGGGUGAGAUCGGCUAGAUAUCUACUUCUGAACGAAGUGUUAUACAAGAGGGGUUUUUCUCAACCUUAUCUUAGGUGCUUGGCUCCGGACGAAGCAAACUACGUACUGAGGGAAGUUCAUGAAGGAGCAUGUGGCAAUCACUCCGGAGCCAGGUCCCUUGUCUCCAAGGUCGUCCGUGCAGGGUAUUACUGGCCAAAUAUGCAAGUUGAUGCUAAAGCGUACGUCAAGGUCGCACUCCGGAGCCAGGUCCCUUGUCUCCAAGGUCGUCCGUGCAGGGUAUUACUGGCCAAAUAUGCAAGUUGA